AUGUUGGUCGUUAUUUAUUCUUUAGAGAGUGGAGGAAGGAAAGUCAAUGAGAACAAGCUUUUGACACAGAAAAAGAACAGGUAAAGUAACAGGAAUGUAUGUACUACGGAACAGUAUGUGCGUUACUGAAGCUUAUUUAAUUAACCACUCAUGUCAUCUCAUUAUCAACACUUAGGACCAGUUAUUUAUUUGGGGUUUCACCACGGUUUAACAAAACCACGUUCUAAGCCGUUUUCAGUUUCCAGAACGCCUUUAUGUGAACACCAUUAAUUUUAUUGUGAACAGUUUCAUGAAAGCAUAUAGCGUAGACUAGAAAAGCACUUGUCUCCAUAAAAUAACCUGUUAAGGAAGAGAUCUGGAGGUCCAAAGAUUGCCUAAACCAUGGGCCUAAGUUAGACUUUGUUUAAAUAACUGGCCCUUAGGUAUAUAGAUAUUCUGACCAUAAGGUCAGAACAUAUUACUCUUUUGUGAGGUAUAUUAUGUUUUGUGGCUGUCUAGUAAAUUUAAUUCUGUCUUUUGUUUUGUUUUCCCAUAUUUAGAUUUAACCCAUAUACAACCUUCAACAAAUGCAGAAUCUGCAAACAAACUGUACAUCAGGUGCAUUCACACUACUGCCAAAGUAUGUGCUAGAUGUGAUUAUGCUAUUAUUUGCCAUCACAGAAAAAUCAUACAAUGGAUUCUCAAUCAUUUGUGACAAAAGCGAAACUAAGGCAAUAUAUGUAAAAAGCGCUACAACCUAAGAGGUGCCCCUGCAGAACAUGUGCUUUGGAGAGUUAAGCCGCUGGCCCCCCCAGUGACUCAAAUUUAACCUUGCCUAGAAAAAAAUUUAACUACAUUAACUUUAAUAACACCAACAUGCCUAAAGUUAGCAAAUUAUGUUUUAGGAAAAAUAUCAUUGUUGAAUGUGUGAAUGGAAUAAAGCCCUAAGGAAGUCUAGAUCCAAUAUGUCAAAAAUCCCCUUCUAAGAGUUAGCGAGAGAUAGAUACUUUAUCAAGUAUAAAAGCCAAUUAAAAAGCCAAGGUGUGCAUCCUUGCCUCUUCCUAAGUCUUGUGGUCCAUAAAAACCCUAACUCCAAAACCUUGUGUUUGACACCGACCAGUAUGCAGUCAUCACUAACACAAAAAUGCAGCUAGUUUGUUGUCUAACCAUUUGGUUACAAAACAGAAUCUUCUCUUGAAUCUCUAAUCACUCCAUAUGACAAACAUUCUUUUCACUUUAAAGAGGAGACAUUUUUCUCUUACCCGGAUCUUGAUAUUGUUGAUAGUUGGAUAAGAUAGCUGUCAUCUGUAAGUUCCUGUGUUCAUCAAAAGUUAUGAUUUUUUUAUAGGUUGUGCAUACAAGAAAGGUUUGUAUCUAAACAAUGUUUUUUGUUGAUGUUAUUGUUGAUUUUGUUGUUUAAGUAGCAAAAAAAAAAGAUUUUUCAAUAUGGAAGGCAUGGUACACACUGUGAUCACUACACUGUACCGUGACUCAUUCAAAAUGAAAAUUAUUCUUUCAGGUUUUUCCAUUCAUCCCAGUUUUUGAUUAGUGUGUAACAUGAAGAAACUUUCUUCCCUUUAGGUAUCUGUGCCAUGUGCGGCAAACAAGUCUUAGAUACAACCAACUACAGACAAACUUCAGUAUGAAGACAAACUCUGCAGUCAUGUAUCUUGAAUUUUUCUCAGACUGUCUACUCAUUUCAGCAUAA